CAUCUUUCAACUCAAUCUCACUCUCACUCUCCAACCUAGAGAGAGAGAGAGUCAAACAUGACCAAGAAAACCUGCAGCUCGAAACUUCCGCAACCCAAUCCAUCGACCCACCACAUUCUCCUAACAUCGAUCCUCGCAACCGCAAUCGAGCUCCUCCUAUCCCCGCCGUCGUCCGCCGCCGCCACCGCCAUUUCACCGCCGCCGCCGCCGCUUCCGAUUCUGCCCAUCCCAAGCCGGCGUCAAAUCUCAUGGCAGCUCUCAGACAUGGCCCUCUUCUUCCACUUCGGCAUCAACACCUUCACGGAUUCCGAAUGGGGCACGGGUCGGGCCGACCCGACCCUGUUCAACCCGACCCGAUUGAACGCCGGGCAGUGGAUCGCCGUCGCCAAAGCCGCCGGGUUCGGGAGGGUCAUUCUGACCGCCAAACACCACGACGGGUUCUGCCUCUGGCCCUCCGACUACACCGAUUACUCCGUCAAGUCGAGCCCGUGGCGGAACGGCGCCGGCGAUGUCGUCGGAGAAUUGGCCGCCGCCGCACGUGCCGCCGGCGUGCAAAUGGGGAUCUAUCUUUCUCCUUGGGAUAGGCACGAUUCUUCUUAUGGGAAGACACUUCCGUACAAUGAGUAUUAUUUGGGGCAGAUGACUGAGCUCUUGUCAAGAUAUGGCGAGAUUAGGGAAGUUUUUCUGGACGGCGCAAAGGGCGAGGGAGAGAAGGACAUGAAGUACUUCUUCGACGAAUGGUUUGAUCUCAUUCACCAACAUCAACCAAUGGCCGCAAUAUUCAGUGAUGCUGGUCCGGACACAAGAUGGAUCGGGAAUGAAUUAGGCUCUGCCGAUGCGACGUGCUGGUCUCUUUUGAACCAAUCUUCCGUUGAAAUUGGCCAUGGCGAUGCCGAAUAUUUAGGACAAGGCGAUCCCAACGGCCGCGACUGGGUGCCGGCCGAAUGCGAUGUCUCGAUCCGGCCCGGAUGGUUUUGGCACGCGUCGGAAUCCCCAAAACCCGCUUCGGCACUUCUCGAUCUAUACUACAAAAGCGUCGGCCGGAACUGUCUCCUGCUGCUCAAUGUACCUCCGAAUUCAUCGGGUCUUAUAUCCCCCGAAGACAUCAAAGCCCUCGAAGAAUUUUCAGACAUGCGAACCUCCAUCUUCUCCGACAAUUUAGCGCAAAGGGCUUCGAUCUCUGCGAGCACCACCCGCGGCAAUUUGGGCGACGAUUCUCGAUAUGGCGCACACAAUAUUCUCAUCGACAGUAUAUAUUCUUACUGGGCUCCCAAUGGGACGCGCAGACAGUCGAGCUGGACGCUGUUUCUUGAUUUUCCGGAGACGAUUUCUUUCAAUGUGCUGCUCGUGCAAGAGCCGAUUCAGAUGGGGCAGCGGAUUGCGGCGUUCCGUCUGGAUUUCUUGAAUGAGUCGGGUGAGUGGGAAAAGGCGACGAACGGGACGACUGUGGGAUUCAGACGGCUGUUGCUGUUCCCGUUCGUCAAAGCUCGUCGCCUGAGGCUUCUUAUUGAGGAAUCCAGAGCUGCCCCGCUGAUAUCCUAUGUAGGUUUGUAUGUGGAUCGGUUUUCUGUCGCCGGGGAUGACUCGACUGCACAUGUUCAUAUCGAGCAAACCAUCCGUCAAAAUAUCAGUAGAUUCGAUAUCUAAUUCAAUUCUUUACGAGAUAAAAGACUAAUUAGUUGAAGAUGUAAACAUGUUAUGAGCAGGAUGAAUUCAAUUGUGUGAUCCCUUUGCUGUUAUUUGAAAUCGCAACUGUUAAUAAUAAGAUCAAAUUCGAAAGUCA